GUCCUUAAAAUUGCAUAAACCGUGGGACAAAAAAGUCCCAUGACAUUUGGUGUGUACGGUAAAGACACAGGCGAUUUGCAGGGGUUCCUGCGGGAAAAGGAGUUCUCAUCGGGCUCCAUUGUUGCUGCUGCUAGGACCUCGGAGCAGGACGACUCCAAGCUAGAACUGCUUACCGCCUCAGCGUCUCGAGGGAAGGUGCCGCAGUGCUGCUGUUACAAUGGACGAACCGCUGCUGCUGGCCCUGCCGGACGACGCGCUGCUGGCCGUGCUGGCGUUCCUGCCGCCGAGACAGCUCUUGGACUGCCGUGUGCUGUGCCGCCGCCUGCGCGACCUAAUCUGAAAACUGAACAAUCUGAGGGCAAAGAAUCAAUUGUGGGCCAAUUUCGGCCUUUCGUCUUGUAA